GGGGAAGCAGAGAUGCUGAGGAGGAUAACGGAGGAGGCAACAGGUUAGAGCCGCGGAUCAACGCGACUACAGCACAAGAGAACCUAAAGAGGAACUGAUGAAAGGUGCCAAAACCACCUGAUGCUGCAGCCUAAUCUGGUCACCUGGGACUGCUGAACACACACACACACACACACACACACACACACACAUGAAGACGUCAAACAUGGCGUCAGACCCGCCCAUCUUGACAGAGCAGCAGGAGCUGCAGAGGAGAGCCAAUCAGGUCACAGAUGAGUCCCUGGAAAGCACACGGCGGAUGAUGCAGCUGGUUGAGGAGAGUAAAGACGCGGGGAUCAGAGCUUUGGUUAUGCUGGAUGAACAAGGAGAGCAGUUGGAGCGUAUUGAGGAGGGCAUGGACUCCAUCAACAGGGACAUGAGAGAGGCAGAGAAGAAUCUGACAGACAUGGCCCAGUGCUGUGGUCUGUGUGCCUGGCCGAUCAGGAAACUCAAGGCCUUUGAGGAGAGCGGGGCGUACAAGGCAGUGUGGGGAGGAGCCUCUGGUCAGGACGGCGUCGUGUCCAAUCAGCCGCCGUCGUCUCGAGUCGUCGAUGAGAGGGAGCAGAUGAUAAUGAGCGGGGGAUACAUUCGGAGGGUGACGAACGACGCCCGCGAGGACGAGAUGGAGGAGAACCUGGCUCACGUCAGCAGCAUCAUUGGAAAUCUGAGGGACAUGGCUUGGGACAUGGGCAACGAGAUCGACACGCACAACGAACAGAUCGAAGACAUAUGGGGAAAGGCUGGUCUCAACAUGUCCCGCAUCGAUGCUGCCAACCAGAAAGCUAACAAUCUCAUUAAACGAUAGACGGAGCGCUCGUCCAUCUCGCCCUCUUUCUACAAAUUCAUCCUGCUUGCACUUAUUAUAUUGUUGCAUGCUGUGCCAAUGUGCUGCCGCUUAUUCUCUGUCACUUUUCAAGUUUCCUUUCUUCCUGUAGUAGUGAGCUCUGAGCUGUUCAUUAUCUCUUACUGCGAUUUAUUCUUAUAUUGUGUUAGAGUCGUAGUCUUGGUCCUGAUGCAUCUUUGUGAAGGGGAUUUCACAACAAGGCCUCAUGUUUCACACAGUCUUUCCCCUGAGGGCGGCCUCUGUGGUCACUCAGCAGAGUUAGAUGAUCCCUGUGGGGAAAGUGGAGCGCUGCAGCAGCACCAUCACCACCAGCAGCAGCAGCAGAGAGCAGAGUCACCACACCAAAUAUGUAAAUAAAGAAGUCAUUUCAAAAGAUGAACAUGGGAAUCGCAUUGCGAAGAAGAGCGGCUGCGUGCAACUUAAGCCAAUAAAUGGGGUUUUUCUUCUCCCGGGUAAACAGAGGAAUAACUGUGUGUGUGCAGAGUAUAUGUCCAAAUUCCUAAAAAGAAAAAAGUCAUAUACAGCUAUCAGCAACUAGUUUAUUUCCCAGUGUAAACAUCAGUGGAUAACCUACACCCCUCCCCCCUCUUUCUCUAGUCUGAAAUGUUCCAUAGUGGUUGAAACACGUGCAUGAUGGCGCCCUCUGCAGGCACAGCCAGGUACUACCAAGAAGAAGGAAACACGUAUUUGUCCCCAGAGGAGGAUCUCUGGCGACACCAAGCGGACAAACAUGGAACCUGCUCUCCCUCGCCUCUCCAUCUUCCCACUCCUCCUCCAUGUUGAUAUAAAAUGGUGGUGAAAUGACGAUGAAUUGGUGUUUUUUUAAUUAUUUGAAGGGGAAUCUAAUGUCAUGACUCUAAAAACUCACAUGAAUCACAGCAUUUCUUGAAAGUGAAGAAGUCAUUUUGAGCUUUGUGUGUUUGAUUUUCAUCAAAGCCGAUUACAGAGUUAGUUUUGGUCAUUCUUUCUUUAGCUGCUGUGGAUGUGUUGGUUCUCUAGGCUUGAUUAUUGUGCAGAAACAGUCUUGUCCUGAACUGUGACUGUGUUAAAUGGCGUUGUUAUUGGUGUAUGUUAAGCUGAUGACCUUUGCUGACCUAAACAGGCCUUCUCAUGCAUCAGUGAGCAUGUACACUGGUGUUUGUUGUGAUACACAUGAAUCAUGAAUAAAUAAUGUGCGCAAAUAUA